AUGACGAAUUCAAACAAUACAAAAAUCAACCUCAAGAUUCUGGAACCUACUAAUCAUGUUGCCUCUUGGCCCGAAAUCCAGACUAUUAUCAAAUCGGGACAAUUACCAGAAUUAAGGAGAACCCCUGAAUGUAAUGACAAGUAUCAAUUGUUUAAAAAAAACUUAGCUUCACGAAAUGUAUCGGUGGCUCAACAUAUGCUGAAUCAACUUGGUUGGAAUAUGGACGAAAAUAAUAGGUUGAAUCAAACUGGGUUCCCGGACUUGGAAUCUAAAGUUAAAGCUUCGUUUGCGUCUCGUGAGUCAUUCAAAAUCUUACAGAACGACUUCCCUUACAGUUAUGACCCCCAAAUUGUACAUCUCUUGAUUUGGUCUAAGAUCAAACUACCCAUCUAUAAGGAUGAAUCGAUUAAUUUGAAAAAUGAGGAAUUGAAUUCCAAGAUCAAUAGAUUUUUGAAAUUAAAUAUGGAAGGGAGAGAAAAUGUGAUUGAUUACGAUUGGUUUAUUAAUUAUACAGUUUUACAAAGUAUUGAAGCUGUUUCACAUAUUCAUUUGUUGGUAUAUUUGAAAGAUGUUGAAUCGUUUGAUUUGAAAGCGUUCAGCACCUCCUUCAUUCCUUUAUCAGAUUAG